AUGGCUGAAAUAAUUAUUCCAGAAAUAUAUACUCGAGAAAGUAAUACUGACCAUAAUGGGCGAAAAGUGCCAGUUUCUCUCACAAAAAAGUUUAGUUAUGGCACAGCCGGUUUUCGAGCUAAUGCUACUUAUCUGCCUUUUAUUGUAUUUCGUGUUGGAUAUCUAGCUGGUAUCCGUGCCAGGUAUUUAAAUCAAACUAUAGGUGUAAUGAUAACAGCAUCACACAAUCCGAUGGAAGAUAAUGGUGUCAAAAUAGUCGAUCCAAUGGGAGGCAUGCUAGAUGCCGCAUGGGAAAACUAUGCAGAUUUGAUUGUUAAUGCCAGUGACAGUGAAUUUCUGCGAAAGUCACAAGAAUUUCUACGACAGUUCAGUGGAAGAGUCGUUGAAAAUGCUACUGUUUUUACAGCUAUCGAUACGCGUCCAAGUUCAAAAUAUAUAGAAGAAGCUGCACUCUGCGGAGCGCAGUGUGCCAGAGUUGGUGGUCGAAGACUGGGUCUACUGACAACUCCUCAAUUGCACUAUAUUGUUCGCUGCCAAAAUGAUUCUUCAUAUGGUGUUCCUACGGAGGCUGGAUAUUAUGCAAAAGUUCAGAAUGCUCUCGCUGGUUUGAAUUUCGUUACACGAUGUGGAAAAGCAUAUAUUCCAACGCUACAUUUGGAUUGUGCAAAUGGUAUUGGUGCUCAGAAGUUUCCCCUGAUGUGUAUAAGUUGGUCUGUCUUGGUUGUCAAUUUGAUGAACGAUCAAAAAACACAACUCAAUGAUAAGUGUGGGGCAGACUAUGUUAAAAUAGAAAAGAAAUUUCCGCGCAAUUUCGACAAAAUACAAGCUUUUGAACGCUGUGCGGCUUUUGAUGGUGAUGCAGACCGUCUUGUUUAUUUUUAUCGUGAUGCUUCGAAUGAAUUUGUUUUAAUUGAUGGUGAUAAAAUAGCAGCUCUUUUCGCGAAAUAUAUUACAGAGCAGGUUACUGGUGCGGGACUCAGUGAUGUAUUUAUGGUAUCAGUAAUACAAACGGGUUAUGCAAAUGGUAACUCCACCAAAUUCCUCAGAGACAAAAUGGGUGUUCACGUAUGUUGUGUUGCAACAGGAAUUAAAAACUUACAAAAAGAAGCGGUGAAGUAUGACAUUGCGGUAUAUUUCGAGGCAAAUGGACAUGGGACUGUAUAUUUUAGCCCUCGAUUCUAUGAUAUUUUAAGGACAGUAAUCACUCAUAAAGAUGAAGUUGAUCAGACAAUUCAAAUCAAAAGGCUACUUUAUUUCUCCAAACUAUUAAAUACAGUGGUGGGUGAUGCAAUGACCGACUUGCUCGCUGUUGAAAUGAUUUUAAAACAUUAUGAUUGGACGGUAGAGAACUGGAAUAACAUGUAUAAAGAAUUACCCAAUGUGCAAAGAAAACUAAGGGCAAUAAAUCGAUCGGUGUUUCAAAUGAGUGCUGAUGAAACAACGUGUGUGAAGCCACGAAAACUACAGGGGGCGAUAAAUACCAUCGUCUCAAAAUACACUGAUGGGCGCUCAUUUGUCCGUCCGUCCGGUACCGAAGAUGUGGUCCGUAUCUAUGCUGAAGCAGCGACGGAGCACGACGCGGAAGCAAUUGCUAAUGAAGUAGAAGUUGUAGUUGCGACGUAUUGUGUGUGA